AUGCUCGAUUUCUUCGACCGCAGGUCUCCUCUGAUCGUCAUUGAUCACUCGCCGCCGGCACCAUCGGUGGUCUCUUCGUCGUGCGUUUCUGAUGCUACCCCCACUGACGAUGAUGAGGAGGAGGAACAUCGGAGCCAGGAAGAAGUUUCAUCUCCAUGUUCCUGGCUAACCCUCCACUUGUUCCCCACUCGGACCUGCAACAACAUUCAAGAAAGCUUCUCUUUCUCGGUCUUGAACAAUCGCGGUGGCGACCCGCGUCAAGAUAUCGAUCCCGCCCCGCUUCGUGGCAACAAGCGGGAAACUCUGGAGUCGUCGACCUCUGAGGAAACCCCCAUUAUUUUUGCAGAGAGGGAGAGAUCAUCACGUAGGGUCAUCCCGAACAAGAAUGAGUGGCCUGUUCCAAGACACAAGGGAGAAGAGAAGUACUAUGCCGGCAUCUCCACGGAGUUGGUGCUCUACGAGGAUCCCUGGAAGAUCAGGAAGAAGUUAACAGAAAGCAACCUCGGGCACUUGCUGCGGCUCCUGCUUCUGCGGGGCAGCGUGAAGACCCACGUGCUCCAGUGGAUGGGCGAGGAAAUGGUGAGGUGGGUUGAGAGCAGGGACAGGAUGGAGGUCGUUGUGAGGGACGCAGACACAGGCGACGAGCACCGACUCGUGUUCCGCUACCGGGCGUCAUCGAGGAGCUACUUGCUGAACGGGGACAGGAACAAGCUGUUCGUCAAGGGACGAGCGUUGAAGGUCAGGGACGAGAUAGGGAUGUUCUGGGACACGGUCUCUCGCAAGUUCCGCUUUAUGGUCCUCCGCGAGGUUGCUCGUGGCACAAGCAAUGCGGCGGCUUGAGUUUUUAUUGGAAAGUUUUGGCAAUAAGAUCUUGCUCUUUGAUCUUGAUAUCGGUCUGUGAUCGGUGAAAGUUAAAACAAGAGCAUGAUUAGGGUUUAAGAGUUUCUCUUGUUCUUCUCACGAAGUGAUAAGUUUCUCUUUUUCGACUCAAAUGUAUACGAUUCAAAAAUUACUGUGCAGAUGCAAUUUGUUCACUCUGUCACGUUCGUUGAUUAGCUAAACGAAGAAUUAUUUCGUCAUUGCUGCAAUGCUAGAUUCUUGCGCGCCAAUUCCUCCGAACUGUAAACUUUCAUGGAAGCCUUAAAGCAUCUAAACCUUUUUCCCCCUUAAAGCACAAUCGACAAAAGUGAUCGAUGAAAGCCCCGGGUCAUUAACAUUCUGCGGAGCCAAGCUCAUGCGGACCCGACCUGUUCCGCUUGUCGCAUACCCAAUGCGGUGACGCCGCAAUGCAUGACGAUGAUCAUUCCAUAAUCUUCUCUAUCUUUUUCUUUUUGAUCAAACGACUUUAUAAAAGUUGAAGCCCAGAAGCUCUAAGAGAAAAGAGGGG